AGAAUCAUAAAAAAAUCUGUAGAAUUUCACCCUAACAGAUGUGACUGAUAUUUUGCUCGGUUUACCCCUGGGGAAAAGUUGACUAUUCCAAGAUGGCUGCCACGAGCGGAGUUGUUUCCGGUUUAGUCGAAAAAGUUACAUUUGUAGGAAAGCUCCCUACGCUGGUAAAAGCCACAUCUGAUGACGAAAGCCCGACUCCAGGAUAUCUGUAUCAGGAGAUCAAUGCCAUGCUCCAUGAGUCCAGCAGCCAGUGCCAGCAGGUGCUGGACUACCUUGUGGACAGGCUUAACAAAGACUCUUUCCAUGUGAAGAUCAAGGUGCUACGUGUGAUGAAACACCUGAUAGAAAAUGGGCCGUCAGAGUUUCAGCAGGGGCUAAGGAGGAGGGCAGAGGGCAUCAAGGCAGCGACAAGUUACAGUGGACCUCCUGACCCUCUCCAUGGCCAUGCACCCUAUGUGGUAGUGAGAAAAACUGCUACAGAAGUCUCCUCCAUCCUGUUUAACACAGAAAACUGUGAGCGAUCUCCCAACAGGCCUUUAUCUGCAAACAACAGACUAAGUGUUCAGACUGGCAUUGGUAACCUCCAGACGUCACCUGGCAGAAUGCAGGGGUUUGGAAACACAGCAGCACAGAACACUAACAAAUCUUUAGGUACGACCAUCCUGUCCAACUUGAAGGGGUGGACAGAGGGCGUGUCCAACAACAAUCAGUACCAGCCAAUAGGAGGGCAGCCCCUUCAACCCCACAGUUCUGGUGCCGUGGUGGGCGGGUACAAGCCGGCCAUGAUUGACACCUCUGGGGGACAGCCAGGAAUGCAGUAUUCUCCUCAAGUCUCUCCUCAGAGGAAAACACACCACACUGCAGGUAAAGCUGGGGGAGGCUGGGAGGACUCUACUCUGAAGCGUUACCAUGGCAACAACACACAUAGCAAAUCUGACAACAGUGGUGACAGCACGGAACUCUCAGAGAGGUUAGAGACAGUGUCAGUAGAAGACAGGACCCAUGAGACACAGCUGAUAGCCGACUAUACCAGCUGUCUCGGACAGGCUCCGUCCACACGACCCCCCAGUAGGGACGAGCUUCAACAGUUUGUCAAAAGGUGCUCUGCUCUGAACUGUGAUGUGAUUUUACAACUCCUGAAUGACAAACUCAGUCACUCAGAUGCUCAGGUACAACUGAGGAUCCUGUUUGUACUGGAACACCUGAUGAAGACAGAUCUGGUGACAACAGAACAGCUGUUAGAACUGUUCAGACCGACACUGGAGACCCUCAGUACAGGCAGACAGGGGGCACAGCAGGCUAAAGCCACCAAGAUUCUCCGACAGCUUACCUUCCUACCACCACCGCAACCACCACAAAAGACAGAAGAAGUCCUGUACAUGCCACCUACAUCCCUAGAAGUUGAAGCCCCUAACAGUUCAAAAUUUCAAACUUCCCUCUUCUCUGGAAUGAAACUGCAAACUGGUGUAGACAGAACAUUACCUGGGGAAAAGCGGAACAACCUGAACCAAAAUGGCACAGUGGAAAAUAGAGACAGGGCAGGGAAGGAGAAGACUGAGAAGGCAAGUGGUCGAGAACAGGGCAGAAGCACCCCCUUGAGUAAGAAGAAAAUAGCUGCAGGUCGUAGUGCUGACCCCUUUAACUUUGUGCAAGAUGCUAUGCAAGCUUGCCAAAAGUGA